CUGAAUUUGAUGUGUAGGUAACCGAAACGCGUAGCUUCGUUCAACAUUUCUUCUCAUUCUUUUGGAAAGUCUCUUGCGGUCAGUAAAGUGUUGUUUUAACUGGGGAUGGAAAAAAGAUUUGCCAAAAUGCCGUUGAAUAGUUUAAAACAAUGAACCCAUUGUCAUUCAAAACAAAUCAACUUUCGCCAUAGAGCAACCUAAGUAAACCAUUGAAAUCAAUAUCAAAAACCUUAUUUUAAUACAAUAUGGAGCUGAACUUGGAUGAAUAUGUAAAGGAGUGGACUGAAUUGUCAAACGAGUAUAAAAGUCUGGAGGCUACAAACUCCACCUAUUUGGAUCUUCUCGAAAAUUUGGAGGUACAGCAGGAGCAAUGUACGAAGCAAAUAAAACAUCAACGCUACCGCAUGCAACAGAUUUCCAAAAAUAUCAAGCAGUGAUAAACUAUGAAGAGCAAGA